AUGUCGAACGAAGAUCCAUAUCAUUUGCUUACAAAAUCCAUAAGGACACUUAAUGCUCCUCUUACCACUUUAUUGAGAAAUCACGAUGAACUUGUAUUGCAAAGCGUAUCUUUAAUGGAAAAUAUUUCGUCAAUCCUGAGGUUUAAAAACACGUUGGAAAACGGCAUAACUAAGAAUGAUUUUGACAAUAAGUCAUCAUAUAAACCUAAUUGA